UGGGAUGGAGGGAUGAAAGGAGGGAUGGAAGGAGGAGGUGGAGGGUUGAUAAACUCAGUCACAGUCGUUCAGACUCUCACUUCUGUCCUGCCCCCUCCCCACGUCCCAGCAGCCCUGCACUGCCACGUGUGAGCCGGUGUCGUAGUGUCGUUGCUCGUCCACAGCGCCCCCUGCAGUCAUGUGUGAUGAUGAGGAGAGCACCGCUCUGGUCUGUGAUAAUGGAUCCGGCCUCUGUAAGGCGGGGUUCGCCGGAGACGACGCCCCCAGGGCCGUCUUCCCCUCCAUCGUGGGCCGGCCCAGGCACCAGGGCGUGAUGGUGGGAAUGGGGCAGAAGGACAGUUACGUUGGAGACGAGGCUCAGAGUAAGAGAGGAAUCCUCACCCUGAAAUAUCCCAUCGAACACGGAAUCAUCACCAACUGGGACGACAUGGAGAAGAUCUGGCAUCACUCGUUCUACAACGAGCUGCGAGUGGCUCCAGAGGAACAUCCCACUCUGCUGACGGAGGCUCCGCUCAACCCGAAGGCCAACAGGGAGAAAAUGACCCAGAUCAUGUUUGAGACCUUCAACGUUCCUGCCAUGUAUGUGGCCAUCCAGGCCGUCCUGUCACUGUACGCCUCCGGAAGAACCACAGGUAUCGUCCUGGACUCAGGUGACGGCGUCACCCACAACGUGCCGAUCUACGAGGGUUACGCUCUGCCUCAUGCCAUCAUGAGGUUGGACCUGGCGGGACGUGACCUGACCGACUACCUCAUGAAGAUCCUGACGGAGCGAGGCUACAGCUUCGUCACCACCGCGGAGAGAGAGAUCGUCCGAGACAUCAAAGAGAAGCUGUGCUACGUCGCUCUGGACUUUGAGAACGAGAUGGGGACGGCAGCGACCUCGUCCUCUCUGGAGAAGAGCUACGAACUUCCUGACGGUCAGGUCAUCACCAUCGGCAACGAGAGGUUCCGCUGCCCCGAGACGCUCUUUCAGCCGUCCUUCAUUGGUAUGGAGUCAGCUGGGAUCCAUGAGACGACGUACAACAGCAUCAUGAAGUGUGACAUCGACAUCCGUAAAGAUUUGUACGCCAACAACGUCCUGUCCGGAGGAACCACCAUGUACCCGGGGAUCGCCGACCGCAUGCAGAAGGAGAUCACCGCGCUGGCGCCCAGCACCAUGAAGAUCAAGAUCAUCGCCCCCCCUGAGAGGAAGUACUCGGUGUGGAUCGGCGGCUCCAUCCUGGCGUCGCUCUCCACCUUCCAGCAGAUGUGGAUCAGUAAGCAGGAGUAUGACGAGGCCGGACCAUCCAUCGUCCACCGCAAGUGCUUCUAGACACCCCCCAGGAGCAGCACCGUCUUUAUUCUCACUGAGCACAGAGCCCCCCCACCCACCCCCAACACACCCAUACAGACGACAGCAGCAGGAAGUCAGGCUGUUGUUGUUGUUGACGUCACUUCCUCCUUAAACGUUUCCAGUACAGCUGGAAAAAGGGAAAUGAUGUCACUCUCUGAGUCCAGAUGUUUUUAAUUCCAGAUGUUUCUGUUGAACUUUUAACAUUAAAAUCUUAAGCCUCGUCCUCUGUUCACCUGCAAACUGUGAACGUACCACUUGUCCUACAUCUUUAACCCCUCCCCUCACCCCCUCACCCCCCCUCUCUACUUGUUGUUACUGUUUCUGUUUUUUUUGUUGUUUUUUUUAAGAAUAAAGCUUGAAUGUCGCCCCCUGGUGUUAUCUUCCAUUGUUGUGGAGCCGAACACACUCAUACAGUGUUAUGAUGAUGUCAAAGUGGGAGGCGGGGCCUCGUGGUGCCUGUCUGCAUUAGAACAGAAUUAGAAACAGACGCUACGUCAACAUGGAACAGACAGAAGAGACAAUAAAGAGUUGUCCUACGAGA